UUAUCCCCUACAAACCAAGUGUAAAACAACUCUAUUUAAGGAGACGGGAAUACUUGGUGGUUCCCGGAGCAGUUUUGUUAAUUUUCGUCAAACAAAAUAACUUUUUUUUUUCAAGUUUCCUCCUGUAUUUCUCAACAAACACUUUCUUGGCAUUGGUAGAUUGUUGAGAAGAAGACCAAGGGAGCUGGUAUUGCUGUUUUCUUCGUUAGCUGGGAGAGAGGGGUAUGAUGAGGGCGAAGGCGUUGUUACAGUAUCGUCAUGGGAGUUACAGCAGAAUUGUGUCAUGGUUGUCUUCUUGUUCUUCGUUGCCGAAUAGGAGGACCCAUAUCUCAACUCUACAUGAUCAUCUUUCUCUAAACAACACCUCCAUUUCUUCUUCUUUUUCUACUCUUCCAUAUUUGGUUAAGUCACCCACUUCUUCAUCCGUAGCUCUUCGUUUCCUAAACACUAAAUCAUCGAAUCAAAUUGAUAAAGAGUCUGGGAAAGAAGAAGACGACGACAACAAUAACCCAUUUGGAGAUGAAAAUUCUGAAGAAGAGGAAGAAAGCUCCGAAGAAUGGGAGGAAGAGAAUGAGGGCAAGCCUGAGUAUGGGGAUGGAGGAGAUGGUGGUGGAGUUGUGUUGAGAGGUGUUCCAUGGGGUGAACGGGUUCUUUCAGUUGCUAAUGAGGUCCUGCUCCAGUUUGGUGACGAUUUUAAGCUCUUCGCCUUCAAGACAUCUCCCGGAGGAUACAUAUAUGCAAGGCUGGACAAACUCUCAGAACAGUACGGUAGUCCUAGCAUAGAGGAGAUGGAAAAUUACAGUCGUCUUUACACCAAGCAAUUGGAAGAGAUUUCCCAAUCUGGAGAGAUACCUGUAAAUUUGGCUCUUGAGGUUUCAUCUCCUGGCGCUGAACGACUACUUAAGAUACCAGAUGACUUGGAUCGAUUCAAAGACCUUCCCAUGAGAGUAAGUUACGUGGAAGAAGAGAAUAAAAAGCCAGUAAAAGAUGGAGUCUUUUUCUUGGAAUCUGUAGAAUCUGAAUCCGAGGAAUGUGUGUGGAGGCUUGCAAAUGUGAAGGAAAAUAGAGACAUGCUAGGUAAAGGUAGACCAUUUGGCAGAAAGCAGAAGGAUUGGAGAUUAAGAGUGCCAUUCAAGAUGUUGAAAAAGGUUAUGUUGUAUGUAGACUACUAAUUACUCACUUAGUAUCAAUUAAAAUGGUUUGUUUCCUACAGAUAAAUGUGUCAAGUCUUUUCAUGGUUUAGCAUCAGAUCAUGUUUACUUCUAGUAAAGUCGGAUUAAUGUAAAUGGUUUACCCGAGUACCUUAUUUA